AUGUGGUACCUACCAAACUUCUUCAGAAACGUCACGGUCGAGCAGGUCCAUCUGCCCUAUGAGAUGCGCACCAACGCCGAAGUCCUCGCCUAUGCCAACGCGUACUUCCGUCCUCGUCCCAGCAGACCUGUCGAGAUUUACAUGAUGUGUGACAUUGCGCAGAGCAUCAUCACCUUCUGCUGCUGCACUUACGUCUUGCUCAAGAAGGGGCGCAUGAAAGAUGCGCGCAUCGUAACGUUGUGCCAAAGCCCCUCUGGCGUCUACAUUGUCCCCAACGUCAUCUUUACGCUGGUUGGUAUGUUUUCUGUCUAUCUGUGCACCUUUGCGAUCUUUUGUGCAUACAUCUUGUAUGUGCAGUUCAGCCAGCAUCCGCUGGGCGAUUGGCUUUUUUACAUCCCAUUACCGUGGCUUCCGCUCGCGCUGGCGGCCUUUUAUUCGACGUACGGAUUUGUCAUUACUUGUUCUCCUCGUUCGCCCAUCUCGAAUCUGAUCGGCAAGAGACGCAAAGGGCUCGUGUCGCCAAGAUUGAGCCUGAUGCACCUGCCGCUGCCGCAUUCGGCGUGGGUGAUGAAUGCUUUCAUGCUCAGUGUGGGCAUCCUGAUGGUGGUUUACAACAUAGUGAUCACCACGUUUAGCGGCAUCGCAAGAAACCGCACCCACGAGGCUCAAAACGACGUGUACGGUCGACUACUCACCAAAGUUCACUCGCAGGAUUGGCUCAAUGCUACACCAACGGAAGAAACACUCCUAUUGGUGCGCAGGGGAGCAUGUAGUCUGAUGAACGUUUAUCGGUGGUGUUGUGCUGCGCUUGCAUCGUACGUUGCCCUGAUUGUCAUCACCGCGGCCAUGCUGGUGCUCUACUCGAUUCCGAACCACAUUUUUCUUCUCGACCACCUUUGCCAUAUUUUCCCCGACAAGGAUAGGAAGCAACCAGCAAUAGGAACGCUGCUCGGCAACAUCAAGACACUCUGGAAGAUGGGUUCUCCACGCAAUCUGCAAGGACCGUCGUAUUCGGCCUUCAAAAAGACGUGGAUGAUAACCAUGGUCGGUCAUUCGUGCACGAUCGCCAUCCUUGCUGGGGUGCUGCUAUUCAGCGUAGCUCCGAUCUACCUCAUUUUUUCCAUCGCGACAACGCUGACGUUUGACGACAUUUUCAACAGCGUCUCUGGUCUGGGCAACCCGAAAGGUACCACGUCGUUCAACAGAAACCACCACAGUCUCAGCGUGUCUGCUGGGCCUUCGUCGACGAUGUCCACAGGCAUCCCUUCGCCACAAUCGCCUACGUUUGCCACCUCCUCGCAAAGCCCUGCGCUUCUCACUUCGCCAAGCCAGCUGCGACCCAUGCCGAGCUUCACGCCUUCGUCGAUCGGCUCGCAGGGGGAGAAGACGUUUGCCGACGAGAUGAGAGGCGACCCUCGCAUCAUUCGGGUACUCGUGGUGACAGAGACCACUGUGCACGUCGAUUAUGAGGACAUCGAAGCGGUUGCGGUUGAGGAUGGGAUCCACUCGAGUGCCGAUAUGUGUCCCGGUGCCUUGCCCGUAUGUCUUCUCGCUGCGAAACCUCGCAGCUUCCUGAGUCGCAACAAGUCUUGGCGUCUCUAG